UUGCCUAGAGUGAACCCUGCAUUUAAAUUUUGGCAUUGAAAUUUAGUUUGUCUUAUCCCUUUAUCAGAUUGUGUCAAAUGCAACAUGAAACAAAAUAAAAAAUACGUUUGCGUCAAUUGCGGAAACAAUUUGCCGAAAUUAUUUAAAGAGUACAGCAGCACAAUAAAACCUUUAAACUGUAAUAAAUGUCAUUCAGUCGCGGAUAAGUACAUAGAGUUUGAACCGGUCAUAAUUAUAGUGGAUUUUAUGCUGCUAUCUCCUUCUUCAUACCGACACGCCUUGUAUAACCGAGAUUUCAAGCUUUUUUGGAAGCUGUCUCUGAUGUUGCUCUUACUGGAAUCGCUCACUUUGUGGAGAGAGAACACCAUGGAACAGUUUCAAGGUGAUGUGAGACGUAUGCCGCCACAUGAAAAUGGUUUCUAUUACAGUUGCGCCUACAAAAUCGGAGAGUUUAUUUUAUGUACUUUGCUGAUGAUGAUUGCAACGUUCCUAAUAAGGCCCUCAUUCUUUUCACAAGUUUGCUGCACAAGAGAAUAUUGUUUUCAACUCCUUAAGGCUAAUGCGCUGGCAAACUUCUCCAAAAUAUUUUUGCUGCCCAUAAUAUUGUGGCGCGAAAACACUACCGAUAUUGGCGCCUCACUUCACCGUAACUUCGUCCUACUGCAUCAUUUAUGUGCACUUGUGUCCGUUUACAUGGUAGUAAGUCACGUUCGCCUUUUGAAAGCAGCACUUAUUGUUAUUCCAGUGUAUGCCACCAAAGCAUAUGUAAUGCAACAGUUGGUCCAAUACUAAGCAACUGAUCAAUAUGAUUUUUGAAUAUAAUGAAACAUGUGACAUUAGUUUCGAAAAUGUAUUCUAUAUUUAGUUUCUAGACGUUUAUUUUACUUGUAAUUCAAUUAUAAUUAAGACUUAUAUAAUUACAAAUGUUUCUGUUUAGAAUAAUUAAAAUUGUGUGAUCACUUAA